CUAAAAUCCAUAUCGAUCUGAAUCCCACAUCCAUCGAUCACUAACGCCAUGGGUUUGAUAUUCUCCUCUCACCAUUUACAAUCUAUGCGGCGUUGUCAUUCUUUCUCUUAUUCCUUCUUUUUAAUUGGUUACUACAAAAGAAGAGAAGCCACACCACAAAGGCACCACCACCACCAGAAGCCGGCGGUGCAUGGCCUUUGAUCGGUCAUCUCCACCUUUUAGUUAGGUCUAAACAGCCACCACACGUCACCUUGGGUAACAUGGCCGAUAAAUAUGGACCCAUCUUCACCUUCCGUUCAGGUGUUCGCAAAACUUUGGUUGUCAGCAACUAUGAAAUGACCAAACAAUGUUUUACCACAAACGACAAAGCAUUUGCUUCCCGUCCCAAAACUGUAGCCACUGAAAUUAUGGCCAACAAUUUGGCCAUGUUUGGUUUCAGCCCCUAUGGGGACUACUAGCGCCACAUGCGCAAGAUAACCACCAUGGAGGUCCUCUCCAACAAGCGCAUAGAGAUACUCAAGCACGUGAUGGAAUCAGCGGUGAAGGCAGUUAUGAAAUAGAGCUAUAAUGAUUUUAUGAAGGCUGGAAAAACGAUUACUGUGAUGGAGCAAUGGCUUGGCAACAUAGCAGUAAAUGUCAUGUUUAGAACGGUGAUAGGAAAACACUUAAUUGGUGGGACGGGUAUUUGUGAUGGUGACGAGAAAGAGAAUGAAAAGGUGAGAAAAACAGUUAAGGAUUUCUUCCAUCUCAUGGGGUCGCUUACUAUUUCUGAUGCAUUUCCUUUUUUGAGAUGGUUUGAUUUGGAUGGAAAAGUUAAGAAAAUGAACAAGACAGCAAAAGAGUUAGAGGGAUACACUCAGGUUUGGCUUGAGCAACACAAACGCAACAAGAAGAACAACAUGAAUACCAACAGUGGCUUCAUGGAUGUGCUUCUUUCCACCGUUGAUGAUGAAGGUUUUCAUGGUCAUGAUGCUGAUACCAUAAUCAAAGCCACGUGUAUGCUAUUAAUUUUAGCAGGCACUGACACUACAACAGGGACAUUAACUUGGGCUUUAUCCUUGCUUCUCAACAAUCGUGAAGUCCUAAAUAAGGCCAAACAUGAGUUAGACAUACAAAUUGGUGGGAAAAGGAUGGUUGAGGAAUCAGACUUGGAGAAAUUAGAGUAUCUUCAAGCCAUCAUCAAGGAAACAUUGCGCUUAUACCCAGCGGGACCGCUUGGCUUGCCUCGCGAGUCUGUGGAAGAUUGUGUUGUAGGGGGAUUCCAUGUACCUGCACACACGCGCCCCUUGCCUAAUCUUUCAAAACUCCAACGAGAUCCCUUAUUAUAUUCUGAUCCGUUGGAGUUUCGCCCAGAGAGAUUCCUCACAACCCAUAAGGACGACAUUGAUCUUAGGGGCCAACAUUUUGAAUUCAUUCCAUUUGGUGCAGGCAAAAGAAUAUAUCCUGGAAUAUCGUUCAGUCUUCAACUAUCGAAAAUGACACUUGCUACUCUAUUGCAUGGGUUUGAAAUAGACACCAUUGAUGGAGAACCAAUUGAUAUGGUUGAAAAAACCGGGUUAACCAACAUCAGAGCUACUCCACUCCAAGUCAUUCUUACAUCACGUCAAUCCAUCCAAGUUUAUGGUCAAUAUUAAACGCUUUAGGUGGUUAAAGUUAUCUCUCUAGUCCAAAUAAAUAAAUGUUGAUGC